AACCCCGAACUGAACAUGCAGCCAGCGACGACACUUUCCAUUUUGAAAGAUCGGCGAUAAGGUACGCUAACUUGGUAAAUACGGCGAUGAUCCGCUUCAAGACGACGACUCUAUUGGCAUCGCUGGUGCUCGGCUCAGCGCUCGGCGAUACGUGCAGCCUGAUCAACGACGCCUUCUCCGCUUGCCAGCUCUCCACCAUGUGCACUCAGUGCGUCGCGACCACGGGAUGCGCGUACAACCUCAUGGACGGCACGUGCACGAUCGCGACCGCGACCGCUUCCAACUCGUCCGCAGGAACCACAUACUGCAGCGCCAGCGAUAGCGUCUGUUCCUCCUGCACUGUGAGCUCAUCAAAACCAACGUGCGCUGGCGAAGAUGGCGCGUGCAUUUGCCCGUCACUUUGUGACAUCGUGUCUUCCGCCUCGUCUUCCAGUGAAUGUAGUAGCAGCAGCAGCGACACCGCCUCCUCCACGACAAGCGGCACUCAGAGCUUCGAUAUGAUGUACCUGGCCGUGGCAUUUGUCGCGCUAUGCAUCAUGAUCAUGCUUUAUAUGCAGCGAAAGUGGCGAGAGCGACGCGGGGAUCAUCAAAUGAGUCUCGUGCGACAGGAAUUGGAGUCAAGGCGGGAGCAACAUCGCCGCGAGCGUGAGAUGCUCCGUGCGAGGCGCCCCCAGUUGUCAUUGAACUUGGAAACGUGGCGCGACCACACCGAGCUUCACAAACCCCAGACGUCCAAGGUCGAGCUGGAGACCUGUUACUACCUCAUGAUGCAGGACGAAAAGAAGAAAGACGGGAAAAAAAGCAGUGAUCAGGGGGACAGUGCUUCGGAAGAAGAUGGAAAGGUUGCCAUGGGCGCAACUAUCUCUCCAAUUGGUAGUGGAGUAUCGGUCCCCACUUCGCUCCAGAGCCCUUUGCCAUCGAGGGCUCCGUACUUUGCUAUGCGUGAAGAAUAUCCGAGCAACACGAAGACGGACGGCUCUGACAGUGGAUCUGAAAUUGCGUCCAUAGCGGACGAGGACGAAGAGAAGUAUGAGGUUACCCUCAACGUCGAUCACUCCGCUGCCAGAAGGUAACUUACUCUUUACGUUAUGGUGUAGCGUAUUAAUCUCUCUCAGAAAGUGAGGUUUGUUAGCAUCAGCUUAAACCUGAUAUGAAAGCAAAGAUGCUGAUACGUUAGCACUACAUCGA